AUAUCUAAAUUUAGCCCGAGAGCUAAAUCUAAAUAUAAAACGACGUACACGAUGCACCGCGCGAUCCCGACACACUUUUACGCCAAAGGUUGUUAGACCUAAUGUUUACUAAUAUUAACUAAUCCAACAUAAAAAAAAUGUUGCUAUCGUGUCCCUUGUGUUGCAAACCCCAUUUCGAAGGGGUGGAUUCGCUCAGAACCACCCUGGUAAACGUCGCGACCGCACCACUAAAAUGUCCCGUCUGUCAAGACGUGUUGAAAGGUCUGGAUAAGUUGACUAUUCAUUUGUUCGGUCAUGUGAGUGAGGGUGCACCACAAAAGGAGGAAAAAUUCCAGGAGGAGAUUGACUCGAGGAUCAGUAAGAUUUGUGAUAAGAGCGAUCCUAAGACGCCUGAAGAUACAGUCGUUCAAAAUCCUUCACAACCGAUCAUAUCCUGUGAUAUAUGCAGUUUUACAUUUACCGAUAAGAAUAUUUUGGAAUUGCAUCAGAAGUUGUUGCACCAAACGUCCCCUGAUGAGAAAACUGGGAAGUACAGUUACCAUUGUCAUUUGUGUAGUAAACGGUUUAGGAUGAGGGGGAGCCUUAUGGUGCAUCUAAGGGUUGCUCAUUAUGGCUUUAAUAACCACAUAGAUCUUCCGACGCAUUUAUUAACUCAAAGUGAAAAUGCGACGAGUCAGCCAACCAGUAGUUCUGUUAUGGAUAUCGAUGCUCAAAGUAAAGUUUCAAGUCCGAAAACCCCAGACUGCAAACAAUGGAGCUGCGACGUGUGCGCCAAAAUGUUCACCACAAAGUAUUUCCUGAAGAAACACAAACGGCUACACACUGGAGAAAUGCCUUAUUCUUGCUCAAUCUGCAACAAAGCCUUCACCUUCCAACAAUCCUACCACAAGCACAUGCUCUACCAUUCCUCUGAAAAACCGUAUCAGUGCAACGAAUGCGGCAGAGCAUUUAAAGAACAUUCCACGUUACAAAACCAUGCCAGGAUCCAUUCUGGAGAGCGACCUUUUGCAUGUGAAAUAUGCGGCAAACGGUUUCGGCAAAGGGUAUCAUAUCUGGUGCACAUGCGGAUCCAUACAGGAGUAAUGCCUUAUAAAUGUACAGCUUGCAAUAAAAGUUUCAGAUACAAAGUUAGUCAGAGAUCUCAUAAAUGCCCCGUGAAUCCACCCGGAUCGGUUGUAAGGAUUUCGGAACCAUCUGAGACCAUGGUGGCCUCACCAAAAGCAACUGUGACCUCACCAGCACCAAGCAGUGAGAAUGGCGAGGCAGAAAAUCCGUUAAAGGUUCCCAAGUGCAUUAUGUCAGUGGAUUACGAUACUGGGUGUAUUAAUUUGAUACCUAAUGAACACCUGAUGAAGUCACCUACUAGGCAAAGUCCUUUAAUAAAUGAGAAGGACAUGUAUACCAUGGUGAUGUCUCCUAUUUUACCAGAGGUGGAGUCUUUGUGUCUUAACAGUAAUUCUCCUGUAACCCCUAACUCGCCUAUUGAAGAAACUAUACAAAUUAUUAGAGAGAAAUGUUUAGAAGAAUUGUUUAAAUAAAUUUGUCUUUAUCGGAA